AAGAAGAAAAACGCAGCAAAUAGCUCAGCAGCAGCAGAAGAAACAACGAAAACGUCUAAAAGCUACAAGAAAUCCUAAUCUGAAAGUUUUGGGCUGCAGAGAUACUGGAUGCUGUAAUCAUCCGGCCCAGAAAACUCACAUGUUAUGCAGCUGAAAUGGUUGGCAUAGAUAGGACACUGCAGUAAAACAGGACAGGUGUGCAUCUGUGGUCCAGAUGAAGGGCUUGCUGAUAGCCAGUGAGAGUGCUGAGGUCCUCUUCCACUGGACCGACCCAGAGUUUCAGCAGAAUAUCCAGGAGAAGUAUGGAGCAGCUCAAGAGGAAGGCCAGGGGCCUCCUGCCUUCGAGGACAGCAUCAGCACUCUGUUUGCUCCCAUCAUUAUCUCCUGCAGUACUAUGAUCGACAGGAUGGGCGAAAGCUACACCUGCUUCACCACAGAAAACAAACACAUCUAUGUCCUACACCAGUUUGACGAGUGUCUCUACAUUGCUGUGAAUGGAGAUGGUGGGGAGGGAGAGGAUGAUCUGAAGAGGAAGAUCUAUGUGAUGAAGAAGAUAAUUGAAGUCAUGUUUGGCAUGGUCACCCUCAGCGGUAACCUCCUUAGGAAAGAGCUGCGUCCUCAGGACACUGAGCACAGAGCACGCCUGUGGAAGCAUCUCCAGAGCCUGCUGGAGACAUACAGCCACCUCAGAGAGAAUGACCAGAGCUUCUUAGUCGAGGCAGUGGAGAGGCUGAUCCACCCCACGCUGUGUGAACAGUGUAUAGAGUUUCUGGAGCGCCGCCUAGUUCAGCAGCUUAACAGCAGCGUAGAGAGAGCAGGAGAGGAGGUGCUGCAUGCCUUCAUUCUGGUUCACACCAAACUGCUUGCCUUCUACUCCAGCCGGAAUGCAAGCUCACUCGCCACCUCAGACCUCUUGACCCUCAUCAUCAUGGCACAGAAUAUGUUUCCUAGCAACAUAGAUGUAGAUGACCCCGGACCUGAGGAUGUUGAGAGUACAUCUGGCUCUGGUCCUGAAAGUUUUUACACCCCAGAGCCUUCGCCUACAGACAGAGACUCAAGCACUUCAGAAAAGCCAGUGAGAGGCAGUACUCCUGUAUUUGAAUUUGUGGACCCGGAUAUACAGAUGGCAGAGGACAGCUUACGGACUCUGGAGGUUCCUCCACCUGACCCCUCAACUCCACGUAGAGUCUUCUUAGAGGUCUCACAGAGAGAGGGGCUGUAUCCCAUGAUGCCUCACUCCAUGUACUGUCUGCCACUGUGGCCUGGCAUCACACUAGUGCUGCUAACUAAGAUUCCCACCAGUGCAGUGGCCAUAUCAGUGUAUACAUAUUUGGAGGCUUUUGCCAAGCUGGAAAAGCGCUUAAGUGAAGGCCAAGAAGGUUCUUCUGCUACUAGAGGCCAGCCAACGAUACACGACAUCCGAAGCAAACUGGAUAAAUUCAUUAAAGCCCUGGGGCCAAGUGAGAUUCAGUCUGCACAGUUACAAAAUGUCUGGACAGAGUUCAAGAACAGAGCAUUUGCUAGAGGAGGACCUGGGUUCAACAAAGAUCUUAUCCCGUGGUGUAAGAAUAUGAAGACACAGCUGUGCGGCGUAUACCGACAGUGUUUCUUUAUUGACUCUGGGUCUGCCGACAUUCCUCGACGACUCUCGCCCAGCCUGCAGGAAAGAGCCCAGUCUAUGGUGCAGGAAAAACUGAUGGACUGGAAGGACUUCUUGUUAGUGAAAAGCAAAAGGAAUAUCACUAUGGUGUCUUACCUGGAGGAGUUCCCUGGCCUUAUUCAUUUUAUCUGUGUGGACCGAUCCACCGGCCAAAUGAUCGCCCCAUCCCUCAACAUCACGGAGCGCACCACCUCUGAGCUGGGGAAAGGACCAGUCGCUCAAUUCAUCAAAAGCAAGGUGUGGAGCUUGGUCAGCACAACACGGCGAUAUCUCCAGAAAGGUUACUCCACUGUCACAUUGCGGGAUGGAGACUUCUACUUCUGCUACUUCCUCUGGUUUGAAAAUGAAACAGGCUUCAAGUUAGAGGCAGGGGAAAUGCCCAUCCUACCUGAUGAUUCUGCCCCCAUUGGGAUGCUUGCUUGGGACUAUUACAGGAAGUUGCUGCGGUACUACAGUAAGAAUCACCAGGGUGAGGUGGUGAAGUGCUACGAGCUGCUGACAGUUCACCUGGGGGUCAUCCCCACUGAGAUCAUCCUCCAGCACUGCCGACAGUUGGCAAGCAAGCUGUGGGAGCCAUCUCGCAAUCCGCUGCUGUAGACACAGUGACUUAGUUGUGUACACAACAAGAAAUUGACUGCAUUGCUAAGAACAGAAAAAAAAUAUCUUAAAGCUGCACCCUGGGCCUAUGUUUCACGUUUCCAUAGUUUGACCUAUAGUGAUUUAUUGGAAGCACUUAAAUUUAUGAUUAGCACAAUUAAACACCAUUGUGCACUUGAUGCACUAUUGAUGUAUUUAUAGGAAGUAGCUUGACUAUAUACUGUAACUCCUUUUUUUUACAUUGUAAUAUAUUUUUUGAAUACUCAAUUAUGACCUGUUUACUAUUUAUUAGUAAUAUGUUGUUAUAAUGUAUGUGUUUAAAAUUUUAACUGCCACUGAUUGGUUUUAUAAAUGCAGAUAUUGUAAAUUUGUGCGUGUACUACUUCUGAUCUUAUUACAUGUAUGAACGAAAUAUGCAACACUGUAUGUCUCUCAAUAGAUAUUUCCCUAUUUGGAAAGACA